AUGGAGUCUCUUGCGUUUGGGAAAUGGGACUACACAGUGUUUGGCGUCAUGGUGGCUGUGUCUGUGAGCAUCGGCAUAUACUACGCCAUUGUGAGUAGGCAUGGUAGGCUGGACGAAUACCUUCUGGCUGGACGUUCGAUGACCUUCCUUCCCGUCGCGCUGUCUUUGUUGGCGACGUUCACUUCGUCAAUUACCAUGGUUGGAGCGUCUGCAGAGGCCUAUUGCCAUGGCAUCAUGUGGAUUCUCAGUGAGAUGGCCUUCUCCGUGGGAAACCUUCUGGAAAUCUUCCUUCUUUUGGCACUUCUGAGGAGACUCAAUAUCUCUAGCCCGUUCCAGUUCCUUGAGGGCCGCUUCGAGUCUCGAGCUCUGCGCCUCAUAGUGACAGUGCUUGGAUGUGUUGAGAACCUUUUCUACUUGGGCAUCAUCUUGUUUGGACAAGGCAUGGCAUUGGAGGCAGGUAAUGGAAAACAUAUCUCUGCCAUGCAUGAUCGUCACCAUAACCGUAUACCCAGUAGCAAACACGAUAUGUGCAACAUCUGUCCCAAACUGUAA